CAGAGCCGGAGAAACAAAAAAGCAUGGAUAGCACAAUGAACAGUGUUCAGUCGACAGUGAAUGAGGGUAAAACGGGGAAAUAUGAAAGAAAAAUUAACAAUAAAGGAGAGAAGCUGCGUUCAGAUUCUGUAUCAAGUGAUAUGGUGGUGACAACUGGUGACGCUGGGAUGGCCUUGGCUAGCACAAGGAAGGAAAACACUGGAAGCACGGAGUCGGAGGGUACAAAGGACUGGAGUUACCCUGUCAUCAGUACAACUGGUGCAAACACACACCUACUUCAACACACCACUUCCAACACACACGUCACACGCAGCAGGCAAUGUGACCAACCGAAAAAAUUCUCACAACAACAGCAAAGGUCCAAGGAGGAAGGUAACGAUGACACUGGACGACAACAAACCUUCCCCGGUGAAGGGAAACACAAUCGUAGAGGAAGGAUGGAGGGCGUGAGAGUACCUGACGGAGGAUGGGGGUGGUUGGUGGCGAUGGCUAGCUUCUUCAUCACGAUGCUGUUCCUAUCUCUUGGUCAGUGCUUUGGAGUCCUCUUCUCUGGAUAUUUGCUGGAGCUGGGCACGUCGUCUGCCAUCACCGGCUGGAUAUACAACAUUAUGUGGCUUAUUUGGCACCUCAUAGGCCCUCUGCUCCGACCCCUGACAAAGGAGUUUGGUUGGAGAAGAAUAGGUUAUCUGGGAGUGUUUCUGGUUUCGUCUUCAAUCAUUAUGUCAGCUUUCUCACCGUCAGCAGAAUUUCUCUUCUUCUCCUACUCUUUAAUUACCGGUGUUGGUGGUGGGCUGGUGGGUGGAAUAAGCUUUAUCAUAGUUCCUAUGUAUUUUGACCGACGACAAGGCUUAGCAAACACUUUUUUAACAGUUGGGAUCUGCAUGGGUCAGAUCAUAAUUACUCCACUCGUACAAUACUUAAUUGCUGAGUACGGUUUCAAAGGCGCCACUGUUAUAUAUGGUGCCAUCUUGAUGAAUGGAUAUGUUGCAGUUUCCUUCUUCCAUCCACUCAAAUGGCACAUGAAGACGCUUCGACAGGGAGACAUAAACCCACCACAGGGAGACAUAAACCCACCACAGGGAGACAUAAACCCACCACAGGAAGGUCUUACACCUCUGAUGCAACAAACAAAAUGCACUGAUAACCAAGGAGAGUUAAUGGACCCGUUAGGGGUAGUUCUCAAGGAUGAAGGUCCCAAGUGGGCAAGUGUUGUAACUCAAAGGAGAGCCAUGCAGGUAUAUGGUGAAGGACGCCGAGAUAGUGAGUGUUCGUACAAGUCCAUGGUAUCAGGUGACGUUUCCGCUGGGUCAGUUUUCUCCAUCACUGAAUCAAUUAGUUUUCGUGAAAGAAACUGUGUUGAAAGUAAUGAAUCUUUGAGUAUGAUGAAAAAACUGAAGAUGAUGGUGGUGCGUGUGGUGGAGACAACUAAAUCUGAUAUAUCUAUCCUUCGGCUACGUCGAGCUCAGAUUAUUUCUUUGGGGAAUUUUUUUAUGUAUAGCAGUUUCUUGAACUUCAUAAUGAUGGUGCCCUUUGCGAUGCAAGCAGCAGGUCACACCCUACAAGAUUCAGUCUGGUGCAUAUCUCUGAUGGGUGUUAGCAACAUGGUGACCCGCCUCCUUGUGUCUCCUCUAUCGGACUGGAAAAAAUUCAACAAGUUCUUCUGCCAUAUGUUUGGCGUCGUCCUUCUAGGAUCUUCAGUAUUUGUGUUUCCCUUCCUGACGAGCAUUACCUGGCUGGCAGUAACGAUGGCCGUCUUCGGAGUUGGCAUAGGAGCUACAGUCACACUAAAUUCCUUAAUCAUUAUACAAUUUAUGGGCAUCGAGAACCUGCCGUCAACUUAUGGGGUUUCUUCUUUACUGACUGGCAUCGGUUUUCCCAUUUUCGGACCCCUGUCAGGUUUUGUCCGAGACGUAACUGGCAGCUAUGCCAUCAGCAUUUGGGUGUUGGCCGCCAUGAUAUUCCUUUGUUUUAUUCUGUGGCUCUUCAUGCCAGCGGCUGUUGCCUACGACAACAAAAGAAGCCAGAAGGAACGUAAGCAGGAACCUUCAGACGCUUGAAGCAGUGUAUGCAGUAACCUGGGGACGACUGAAGGAACGUAAAUAUGAUCCUUGAGACAACUGAACGAACGUAAGCAUGAUCCUUGAGACGACUGAAGGAAGGAAAAACACAUUCCUUGAGACGACUGAAGGAGCGUAAACAUGAUCCUUGAGACAACUGGAGGAGCGUAAACAUGAUCCUUGAGACGACUGAAGGAGCGUAAACAUGAUCCUUGAGACGACUGAAGGAGCAUAAACAUGAUCCUUGAGCGACUUAAGGAGCGUAAACAUGAUCCUUGAGACAACUGGAGGAGCGUAAACAUGAUCCUUGAGACGACUGAAGGACCGUAAACAAUGAUCCUUGAGACAACUGAAGGAGCGUAAACAUGAUCCUUGAGACAACUAGAGGAGCGUAAACAUGAUCCUUGAGCGACUUAAGGAGUGUAAAUAUGAUCCUUGAGACGACUGAAGGACCGUAAACAUGAUCCUUGAGACGACUGAAGGAGCGUAAACAUGAUCCUUGAGAUGACUGAAGGAGCGAAAACAUGAUCCUUGAGACGACUGAAGGAGCGUAAACAUGAUCCUUGAACGACUUAAGGAGUGUAAACAUGAUCCUUGAGACGCCUGAAGGACCGUAAACAUUAUCCUAGAGACGACUGAAGGAGCGUAAACAUGAUCCUUGAGACGACUGAAGGAGCGUAAACAUGAUCCUUGAGACGACUGAAGGAGCGUAAACAUGAUCCUUGAGCGACUUAAGGAGUGUAAACAUGAUCUUUGAGACGACUGAAGGAGCACAAACAUGAUCCUUGAGCGACUAAAGGAGUGUAAACAUGAUCCUUGAGAUGACUGAAGGAGCAUAAACAAGAUCCUUGAGACGACUGAAGGAACGUAAACAUGAUCCUUGAGCGACUUAAGGAGCGUAAACAUGAUCCUUGAGACGACUGAAGUAGCGUAAACAUGAUCCUUGAGAUGACUGAAGGAGCGUAAACAUGAUCCUUGAGACGACUGAAGGAGCGUAAACAUGAUCCUUGAGCGACUUAAGGAGGGUAAACAUGAUCCUUGAGACGACUGAAGGCGUGUAAACAUGAUCUUUGAGAAGACUGAAGGAGCAUAAACAUGAUCCUUGAGCGACUUAAGGGGUGUAAACAUGAUCCUUGAGACGACUGAAGGAGCGUAAACAUGAUCCUUGAGCGACUUAAGGAGUGUAAACAUGAUCCUUGAGACGACUGAAGGAGCGCAAACAUGAUCCUUGAGCGACUUAAGGAGGGUAAACAUGAUCCUUGAGACGACUGAAGGCGUGUAAACAUGAUCUUUGAGAAGACUGAAGGAGCAUAAACAUGAUCCUUGAGCGACUUAAGGGGUGUAAACAUGAUCCUUGAGACGACUGAAGGAGCGUAAACAUGAUCCUUGAGCGACUUAAGGAGUGUAAACAUGAUCCUUGAGACGACUGAAGGAGCGCAAACAUGAUCCUUGAGCGACUUAAGGAGGGUAAACAUGAUCCUUGAGACGACUGAAGGCGUGUAAACAUGAUCUUUGAGAAGACUGAAGGAGCAUAAACAUGAUCCUUGAGCGACUUAUGGGGUGUAAACAUGAUCCUUGAGACGACUGAAGGAGCGUAAACAUGAUCCUUGAGCGACUUAAGGAGUGUAAACAUGAUCCUUGAGACGACUGAAGGAGCGUAAACAUGAUCCUUGAGCGACUUAAGGAGUGUAAACAUGAUCCUCGAGACGACUGAAGGAGCGUAAAUAUGAUCCUUGAGACAACUGGAGGAGCGUAAACAUGAUCCUUGAGACGACUGAAGGAGCAUAAACAUGAUCCUUGAGAUGACUGAAGGAGCGUAAACAUGAUCCUUGAGACGACUGAAGGAGCGUAAACAUGAUCCUUGAGACGACUGAAGGAGCGUAAACAUGAUCCUUGAGACGACUGAAGGAGCGUAAACAUGAUCCUUGAGACGACUGAAGGAGCGUAAACAUGAUCCUUGAGACAACUGGAGGAGCAUAAACAUGAUCCUUGAGACAACUGGAGGAGCGUAAACAUGAUCCUUGACACGACUGGAGGACCGUAAACAUGAUCCUUGAGACAACUGGAGGAGCAUAAACAUGAUCCUUGAGCGUCUUAAGAAGUGUAAACAUGAUCCUUGACACGACUGGAGGACCGUAAACAUGAUCCUUGAGACAACUGGAGGAGCAUAAACAUGAUCCUUGAGCGACUUAAGGAGUGUAAACAUGAUCCUUGAGACGACUGAAGGACCGUAAACAUGAUCCUUGAGACGACUGAAGGAGCGUAAAUAUUAUCCUUAAGACAACUGGAGGAGCGUAAACAUGAUCCUUGAGACAACUGGAGGAGCGUAAACAUGAUCCUUAAGACAACUGGAGGAGCGUAAACAUGAUCCUUGAGCGACUUAAGGAGCGUAAACAUGAUCCUUGACACGACUGGUGGACCGUAAACAUGAUCCUUGAGCGACUUAAGGAGCGUAAACAUGAUCCUUGACACGACUAAAGAAAGAUCUGGCCUAGUUCCAAAAUCUCGUUACUACAAAUAUCGUCCUUCAAUGAAUAUAUUGUCAUAAAUUUUCCAUAAGUUUUGAGAUAAAAUUUGUCUAUAAUAUAUCUGAAAAUUUUUAUUAGAUAAAGAUGGGUGAGUCGCUUUAACUUGGUCGAGGAGACAUAUUGUUGUGUAAUUCAGCUUUUUAACUCUUGUUAGAAAUUUGUUUAUUUUUGUGUAAAGUAGAGAAUUUUGGGAAUGAUUAGAAGUCACUAGUGGUGAUCAAUAGUGUGUAAUGGGGGAGACGUUUGGGUGAUCAAUAGUGUGUAAUGGGAGAGAAAGUUUGGGUGAUCAAUAGUGUGUAAUGGGAGAGAAAGUUUGGGUGAUCAAUAGUGUGUAAUGGGGGAGAAAGUUUGGGUGAUCAAUAGUGUGUAGGGAGAGAAAGUUUGGGUGAUCAAUAGUGUGUAAUGGGGGAGAAAGUUUGGGUGAUCAAUAGUGUGUAAUGGGGAGAAAGUUUGGGUGAUCAAUAGUGUGUAAUGGGGGAGAAAGUUUGGGUGAUCAAUAGUGUGUAAUGGGAGAGAAAGUUUGGGUGAUCAAUAGUGUGUAGGAGAGAAAGUUUGGGUGAUCAAUAGUGUGUAGGGAGAGAAAGUUUGGGUGAUCAAUAGUGUGUAAUGGGGGAGAAAGUUUGGGUGAUCAAUAGUGUGUAAUGGGAGAGAAAGUUUGGGUGAUCAAUAGUGUGUAAUG